GCUGCUAGCUUGGGGCUGUCCAAAAUCUGCCUGUCGGGAGGCUGAUAGUGUAGCGGCUUGUGGGCAGGGCGGGGAGGAGAAUUUCAGCGUGGCUUCAGCCUGAAAAUAGGCGUUACUUUCCAGUAUUCCUCUCUGGUUUUUCCAUCGCGAGCAGUUCUCUCAUCUUCCUCGCUUACCCAUCAGGCAGAGCAUAGGACAGCUAAGUACGGUGGCCGGCGGCGGGGGCGGGAAGCCACCAUGGCGGCGGCGGUGGUGGCGGCGGCCGGCCGGGCGUGCGCCUAUGGUGUCGUGCGAGCGGCCUGGCGAGGGUUUGCUUCUGUACCAGUGAAAGGGAAUUGCUGUUCCUAUUCUAGCUUGGCAUGGUCUCUCCAGGUGCGGUGUUCCAUCUCUGUCCCCCAGAAUGUGACAGUACAGCAAUGCAGGAAGAGCAGUUUCUUCAAUACAUCGACAGCUGAGGAGCUAUGGAAAGGAGCUUUGGCAGAGACUGGUGUGGGAGUAAAGAAAGGAAGAGGAAAGAGAAGGAAGAAAAAGCUGAAAAAAAAUCUCAACAGAGGCCAGGAGAUUGGGGAAGGACGUUCCGGUUUCCUCUGGCCAGGGCUUAAUGCUCCUCUGAUACAAAGUGGGAGAGUACAGGCACUUAGUCAACGGAAAAAAGAAGAACGAGACAGAAUUCAGUCUGAGAUUAUUCAGCAGAGAGAUACAUGGGAGAAGAAAAGAAAAAUAAAAAUGAAGAGAGAGGGAGGAUGGAGUGGAAAGUGUUGGGGAGGUGUCCUUCUGGAUCCACCUGAUCCAGGUCCUAAUGGAGAAACUUACGAGGAUUUUGAAACAAGAGUCAUUGAGGUGAAAAAUGUGUUUUGUAUGAAGGCGAAGGAAGGCAGAAAAAAAUCAAUACGUGCUUUAGUGGCUGUUGGAAAUGGGAAAGGGGCUGCAGGUUUUGCACUGGGAAAAGCAGGCGACAGGAUGAAUGCUUUACGGAAAGCAAAGAACAAAGCAAUACGCAGCUUACAUUUUAUAGAGCUGUAUCAGAACCACACAAUUUAUCAUGAUAUUACAGUGAAAUUUAAAUGCACAAACAUCCGCAUGAAGAAACAAAACAAAGGGUAUGGUCUUCGUUGCCACCGAGCUAUUAUUACCAUCUGCAAACUAAUUGGUAUUAAAGACAUGUAUGCCAAGGUUACUGGAUCUAAAAACUUGAUUAAUAUUACCAGAGCUCUCUUUAAAGGAUUGACACAACAGGAGACUCACCAGCAGUUAGCAAACCAGAAAAACCUCUACGUGGUGGAGUUCCGGGAGGAGCAAGGCCCACUGCCCAUCGUUGUGGCACUGCCCGAGGGGACUGUCCGUGAGGAUCCUGAGCCUGAGGAUGAGGUUCCAGACACUAAACUGGAGUGGUGUGAGGUGAAAGAAGCUCAGGGAAUGAAGAAAUCACCCUGGGCAAAUGUUAGACGGACAGUAUGGUAAAAAAUAAAAUAAAAUCAGUACCUGUAUCUCUUCUGCUCAGAGAUGCAGCUGUGAAAGCCCAGCCCAAAUGGGCAGGCUUACAUUUCAGAAGAUGCCUACAGUAGAUUUCAUACCGUUCAUGUUACUGCUCCCGUUACUGCCAUUCAGUAACAGUUUGCUUUCCCACAACUCUUCUGAUCACUGUUCAGCUACGAACAUACAGAAGAAAGCAGCCAAUGGACAUGACAUUGACUUCAAGCAUGCAUUUACUUGAUUCCUGCAGAUGUGUAAUCAACAGAUCCUGUGUGUCCUUCACAAACUCUUGGGAAACAACUGAAAAUACAAGAUUGUGGAAGCAAUAAAGAGUCCUCAAAAUGAAUUUGCUGGAGGAGUUGCUGUCUUUUUUGCAAAAUGCUGAUAUCUGGGAGCCCUUGAAGAAAGCAACAGUAGUGAGAAUCAGUGUAUCUGCUCUCCAUCUCACUCUCCAGGUUUCAGAGUAGUGGGGCAACUGAAAUCAAGAAGGUAGAAGAUUUGUAGCUCAAAGGAGAUAGGCAAAGUGAUGAAGGCCAACAGCUGAAUCUGUGCAAACACGUGUUGUGAAAGCUGGGGGAGUUCCCCAAUUGAAGCAGAGCCCAAAUAUCUGAGGACAGUAAUCUCUCAAUCUCCUAUUUUAGCUGGUGUUGGAAGUGCAAUCCAAAACCUGCAAUCACAUCUUUCUUACAAAACUUUCCUUUGCAUAUGUGCUGGGAUAGAACUUGGCUUUUGUUGCUGCCAAUUUGGUACUGAGAAUAGCAAUAUUUUGGGCUCUGUCCAAGACUUAGAAAGCGUUACAGCUGUUGAGAUUAAAGAAAAAAGAGAAAGUUUGUGAUGUGCUUAUUCUCAGAGAAGGAGUAAACACUUCAUGUAGUGGAUCUCCAACUGAAGCAUGCAGAG